AUCUUUUCUUGCGUAUCUCAUCGUGCCGCGGACUGAUUCUACUCGAUCGCUUAUCACGAAUUCUUCUUUUAUAGUGCAGGCAGGCGAUGGUAGGAGAGAAAGAAUGGGAGACGUGCUACCACUCGACACCCGCCGGUUACUUCACCGGCUGCCGCCGAGCUGCCAGUUUUCCUUUCUUUGGGGAUCACUCAGCGCUGGUGCCUAGCAGCGCAUUAAAGGUACGGUCUCAGAGCGAAUCUGAGGGCCUCAACAAAAUACGCUUCAGCCAGAUAAAUUUGGACGCUCUUCGCCCACGCCCGCGGGAGAUCGUUGAAGAAUGCGAUGAAGCAAGUGACUGUGAAUCAGACUCCAGUUCAUCCACCUCCGAAGAACCUGAUGCUACUGCUGGAGAGACGCUGGAGCAGAUGGUUGAGCUGCCUUGUAAAACCCCAAAAUCGGUCCGUUUCGCUGACGACUGCGGUAAGGAGUUGUAUUCGGUAAGGGUCAUGACCGAGCCCAGUGACUACCCGCCUCAAAUCAACCCUAAUGUACUAAGGAAACUCAGAGGUGAUAACUACGUUGAGGAUACGCCUAGCAAAGAUCCGUUACCAACGUGGAAUUUACUUUUCAAACAACCAGCCAGCGAAUAUGUGCGAUUCCGAGAAACGUUGGAAAAGGAUCGAGUUUCGCUGGAAAAUGUUGUACUGAAGCCCGACUCAACAAAAAUGGUUGGCACCAUCAAGGUUGCGAAUAUUGCAUUUGAGAAGAAAGUGUUCGUAAGGUACACUACCAACAACUGGCAUUCAUACAUGGAUCGCCAAGCGACGUUCCAGCCAUCCACCAGCAAAGUUUAUGACACCUUCACUUUCGAAAUUGAACUGCCUGGGCCAACAGAUAAGGCUAAACGAAUGGAAUUCUGCAUAUGCUACAUCGCUAAUGGUUGCGAGAAUUGGGAUUCAAAUGGUGGUGAAAAUUACAAACUAGAGCAUAGUGACGUAAAUGUAGUAUCACCUAGAAGAACUGUACCUCCACUAUUUGGAAGCCUCAAAUACUUGGAGCGUGACGACGCCUACAGCCUAAAUCACACGAACUGGGGGCAGUUUGCCUCAUGGAAGACUUUGAGUACCGAUGGUCCGUACUGGUAGAAGAACUGGUGUUGAAUUUCCCGUUGAAACAAUGAAAUUCCUGGCUUGCAUCGCAUUGACUACAACUAUCCAGAGCAUUUUCAUUAUUAUUUUUCUCCUAAACACGGAUUUAUUGAAAACUUCUUCUCCAGUGAUCCGAAUCUAAUCUACUACAUUUUUUUGUCUUAACGAUUGUGUAUCUACUAUAUCCGAAUGCGUGUAUUUACAUCCCAUCUUCUGCACACAUUGAGGUGUUGAGAGAUUGUUCUUGCCAUAUUCAUCGAAUAGGGUACAAAUAUCGGGAUAGAUAGUGUUUCUCCUUUUAUAUCUCCUAUCGUUGAUGAAUUUCGCAUUCAUUACAGUGAUUAUUAGUUUGUAGAGCAGAUUCCAAGUACCUGAGAUGAUAUACGGAUUUUCGACCAUUAGUCGAAUGGUUAUGUUAUUGAUUGUGGGUUUUGUGUAACGUUUGCAUGUCCCCCUUUUCCAAAUUCUCGUUUGCCUACCCUAAUCACUAGUCAUUUAUGUAUGUUAUCUAUAGAAAUUGAGUAUAGAUACUGUGAGAGGGACGUUUCGGCCCUCACUUGACAUUGCCAUCGUUCCUCACUCGCCAUCGUUCGCUCGCCCUCGCUUUCCCGCUCAAUUAGUAUAGCCAGGCGCAGGCGAUCAGAAUUCGCUCCGCAAUUGCUACAAAACCCCAAUGCCUGCUCAAUCGGAAGACCGCGCGGGUCAACCCUCCAAGCUCAACAAACUCAAGAUUCGAGAACGCCUUACGAGAGU